CACUGCGGAAGGCGCGGAGGGAGCAGCAGCUGGUCAGCAAGAGGCUGCUGAGAGACGACGCCCCGGACGAAUCCGGAGAAGGUUGUGUGGUUGCGAUCCUUGGGGAGGCAGAGGGCCAGGUUUGAACCCGCCACCUCUGGCUUAUGAGGCCAGCGCCCUACUGCUUGAGCCACGGGCGCCGCCCGGUCCGCCUUAAACUUGAACGCGAUCCCGCUACGCUUACCAUCCAGAAACCUGAGACUCAUCCGCCACAGCUCUUUGUCCCACAUCUCCAAAUCAGUCUAUCAAGUCGUGGCCUAUCUUACCUCCCAAAGAGAUCUGAGAUCUUUACAUGCCUUGCCAUCACAGCUGCCACCACCAUUUAUUCUCUUACAGCAGCCUCCUAAACACACACAGAUGUGUGUUCACCCCACAUCUAAGCUUGCUUCCCCCAGUUCGUCUCUUAAAAAUGCAAAGACCAAAAUCCUUCCUGUCGGGCAGCAGGCCCAUAUACCAGAGGUGGCAGGUUCAAAUCCAGCCAUGGCCAAAAACUGCAACCAAAUAAACAAACAAACAAACAAAAAAAACAACAAAAUCCUUACUGUGACCUGCAGAACCUACCAUGGCCUCUGCCAACUUCCAACUUUAUCAGUACUCAUCCCAGCUGCUGUCCGCUUUUCAGUUCCUGGAACAAUAUAUCAGGCUUUUCUCCAUCUUUUGCAUGUUUCUUUUUGUAUUCUGUCUUGAUAGCCUGUUUUCUGCAGAAUAUAAUCACUAAUUGUUUGCUUUUUUAUUAUCUCUCCAACUAGAUUUUUCUUUCUUUUUUUUUUUGAGACAGGGUCUCUAUUUCCUAGGCCAGAGUGCAGUGGGUUGAUCAUAGCUCAUUGUCCUGGAGCUCCUCUCUAGAGGACACUUUAAACCCAGCAAAACUUAGACCCUGUCUUAUUUGUCAUCAUUGAGAGCCUAGAUGCCUGUACAAUGUCUGGCAUAUAGUAGAUGCUCAGUAUUUAUUAAAUGAAUAAAUGAAAAGAUUUAUUCAGCAAGCAUGAGUAUCCCCCAUGUUUGUAUUGUCUAUAUUUAUAAAUAUAUUUACAAAGCACAAAUGCCUAGUUAUACUAUUUAUUCAUUGUGUGCUUGCUUUAUGCCAGGACAGUGUGCUUGGCACUGAGUUACACAAAGAUGAAAAGAUAGAGUCCCAGGCCAGGUUCGGUGGCUAAUGCCUGUAAUCCUAGUGUUCUGAGAGGCUGGAGGUAGGAGGAUCAUUUGAGGUAAGGAGUUUGAGACUAGUCUGAGCAAGAGUGAGACUCUAUCUCUACUAAAAAUUGAAAAAUUAGCCAGGCUUUGUGGUGUGCACCUGUAUUCCCAGUUACUUGGGAGGCUGAGGCAGGAGGAUCGCUUAAACCCAGGAUUUUGAUAUUUCUGUGGCUAGGCUGAUGCCACAGCACUCUAGCCUGGGCAACAGAGUGAGAUGCUCUCUUAAAAAAAUAAAAGAUAAGCUGGGCAUUGUGGCGGGCGCCUGUAGUCCCAGCUGCUCUGGAGGCUGAGGCAAGAGAAUCGCAUAAGCCCAAGAGCUGGAGGUUGCUGUGAGCCGUGUGACGUCAUGGCACUCUACCAAGGGGGAUAAAGUGAGACUCUGUCUCUACAAAUAAAUAAAUAAAUAAAUAAAAAUAAAAGAUAAAGUAAGAUAGAGUACCUUUUUUUGAAGUGCUCCAGCCUAGUGAAAGAGACAGAAUGCUACCUCUUGUCAUAUGGAAGGAAAUAUGAAGCACACAAGAAACUCAAAUCUGCCAAAGGAAGCCCAAAGAGCUAACUUUCCAGAGACAGUGAUAAGCAGAAAUCUCAAGAGAGUGGGAAUCUGGAGAGGGUAUCUCAGACAGAAUGAAUAACAUAUGCAAAAGCUUGGUAGUUUUCAAAAACAACUCAUGCUAGAUGGUGUUGAAGUGUAGAUUGCAUCAGGAGAACGGCUGGAGGGCAGGCUUUGCCAGGCUGAGAGGUUUAAGUAUUAUCCUUGACGUAACCCUGUAAGAAGACCGGGUAGAUACUGUUCUUCUUUUUUAGGUGAGGAAACUUAGGUUCAGGAUCCAUGUAGAUUAAGUGGCUUUGCUGGUUAGAACUCAGUUCUGAUUCCCACUUCUGUCUACCCCACUGUAAGGUUGGUGCUUAUUAGAUUAGCGAUUGACAAGUAUUGAGGGUAGUAUGAUACUGAAGGGUUCACAGGUGAAGUGGGCAGAGAGAAACUCAGGACUUGCUUCCUGCCAACUAUGUGUUCUCCUCUUCCUUCCCUGGGCUCUAGGUCCAGCAGUUCCUGAGGCUAGCCCAGCGGGGGACAGAGGAAAAGGACAGAGAGAGGGCUUUAGUCAGCCUUCGUCGAGGCUUGCAGCACCCUGAGACACAGCAAACCUUCAUCCGGCUGGAAGGCAGCAUGCGGACCCUGGUGGGGCUCCUGACCAGUAACCAGGCUCUGCUGCAGCUUGAGGCGGCUCGGUGCCUGCAUGAGCUCUCUCAUUCUGAGCAGUCUGCAGUGGCUGAGGCUUGCCUGCCGGCCACUUCUUACCUCCUCACCUACCUCUCCGGUCACAGCUCAGACUUCAUAGAGCUGUGUCUGUAUACACUGGGUAACCUGAUUGUGGAGAGUGAGGCUGUGAGAAGGCAGCUUCUGCCACAGGGCAUUGUUCCAGCCAUGGCUACCUGCAUCCAAUCUCCCCAUGUGGCUGUGCUGGAAGCCCUUGGAUACGCUUUGUCACAGCUUUUACAGGCUAAGGAAGCUUCAGAGAAAAUCAUUCCCCCUGUUUCUGCCAGCAGCUCCAUUCUGGGCUCUACUCUCCCUCAGCACAUGCUUCAAUUGUUGCAACCUGGUCCAAAGCUGAACCCUGGGGUGGCUGUGGAGUUUGCCUGGUGUCUUCAUUACAUCAUCUGCAGCCAGGUCAACAAUGCCCUGCUCAUCACCCAUGGGGCUCUGUCCACUCUGGAGCUUCUGCUGUUGUACUUGGCUGGGGAUAUCCAGAGAACUGAGGAUGCGGGACUGGAACUGCUGGCAUGCCCUGUGCUUCGGUGUAUAAGCAACCUUCUAACAGAAGCAGUAGUGGAGACUAUGGGAGAGCAAAUGCAACUCAGAGAUGAACGUGUUAUGGCAUCCUUAUUUAUCCUUCUGCAGUUCUUCCUCCAGAAACAGCCCAGCCUGCUUCCUGAGGGCCUCUGGCUCCUCAACAACCUUACUGCAAACAGUCCUAGUUUCUGUACCUCCUUGUUCUCCCUGGAUCUGAUUGAGCCCCUCUUGCAGCUGUUGCCAGUUUCUAAUGUGGUGAGCGUAAUGGUCCUCACAGUUCUGUGCAAUGUUGCAGAGAAAGGUCCUGCUUACUGCCGGCAGCUAUGGCCAGGGCCCCUGCUGCCCUCUUUGUUGAACAUGCUGGCUGUCUCAGACAUUGAAGUAGUGGGCCAGAGUUUGGAGCUGCUGCACCUGCUGUUCCUGUAUCAGCCAGAGGCUGUUCAGGCCUUUCUGCAGCAAUCAGGGCUGAAGGCCCUGGAAAGGCAUCAGGAGGUGGCCCAGCUCCAGGAACGUGUGCAUGCUCUCUGGAAGACAGCUCUUCAUGGGUGACCUGGCUUCUCAAUUUAUUCUGCUCCUCUUGAUUCCAUUUUUUUGCCUACUUUCUCUUAGGAGGAGAGCCUUCUGGAGUUUUAGGACCAUAAUUAGGUCUCAUGCUCUCCCAUACCAAAAGCCAAGAUUGUCAGACCCCCAGCUCUUACUCUUUAACUCAUCACUGUUCAGGCAAGGAGGACCAGAAGGGACUCAUUGACAUUCUUAUUCUGGGGCCCUGGAACCCCACCCCUCAGUUUUUUUCCUUCAAUAGAGGUAGCUUUUGAUGAGACAGAAUAAAGUUUUAUUUUUAUAA